AUGGCAACUCCCUCCUCCUCCAAAAAGGUCUCAAUUGACGAUGCGAUCGAUUGGCUUGCAGUUCAAAGAAAGUAUUCCGAUAGACAAUCAGCAAAAGUGGUAGAAUAUGGAGAAUUGGUAAUCGAAAAUAGUAAUAUUGCCAAAAAAUUAGGUGAUGAACAAUGGUCAUUCUUGGAACAAGUCGCCCUUGCUUCACUCGAUGUAGGAAAUUUGGAUUUGGCUGGUCUUUGUAUCGCUAGACUAGAUACUCGAUUUCCCGAUUCAGCCCGGGCUGCAGCAUUGCAAGGAAUGUUACUCGAAGCUCGAGGAGAGUACGAGAAAGCGUUCGCUUUAUACGAUGCGCUACUGAGCAAAGAUGAAUCAAAUCAGAUCAUCGUGAAAAGGCUCGUGUCUGUAUUGAAAUGCAUGGAACAAAAGGACGGAAUCUCUGGACCAGCAGCAGCGAUUCAAUCUCUGAACAAAUACUUGGAUACCUAUUACAACGAUGCAGAAGCAUGGCAAGAAUUGGCAUCUUUGUAUCUAUCACAAAAUCUGUAUUCCCAAGCAGCUUUUGCGUUAGAAGAGUUGAUCCUAUUGGCACCUUCCAACACAUUCUUCGUUUUGCAAUACGCUGAAGUUUUGGCUACGAUGGACGAUCUUCCGAUGGCAUACAAGCAAUAUCUCAGAGUGUUGGAAAUGUGCGGAACGGAAGCACUGGAAGUGGAUCAACAACAUCCUAACCGACAAGGGCCUUGGGCUCGUGCUCUUUGGGGUUUGAAAUCCGUCACGACAAAGUUGAUCGCAAGACAAAGACAGACUAUCAGUUCUACACCAAAAGGGGGAGCAAGCAAAGGGGGAAGCAACAUCAGAUCGACAACUGCUAUUGGCGAUGAAAAGGUAGAAAAAGUUGAAGCGGUUGAUGCAAUGGUUACGGAUUUGUUACUGAACAAAGCAUAUGCUGGUUCCAACCUUGGUCUCAAAGCAACAAGAGAUGCCGCUCGUAAAGUUCUGUCAGCGUAGAGGUUAUUCAAAAUGAAAUGCCGAUAGACUUUAAAUGCUUUGGGACAGAUCUAGUAGAGAUACAUGGUAGUACAAAGUUGUGGUGUAUGUGUUGAACAUGGCAGGGAGGGUGAAUUUCAGAUUUAAAGUUCAAUGUCGACCAGGCUAUGUGUGAAAGGGGAAGUGCUGUCAGUAUAUUGUGUCUUUCUUAUAUAUCUCGAUCGUUCACUCACCUGUAUGCUGGUGCAUCGAGCUUAGCGGCACCAUUCAAGUUGGAGCCACCGACGAUGAAGAGGUAUUCCAAUGUCUUUGC